GCGACACGGCCCUCGCGCCAGCUGGCCAGCGCGCGGAUCGCACUUGGACUGAGUAUGCAAGAGGACAAGCCGAUGCAGAGAAGGCUGGCGACGACCAGCUCGAGAAAGAAGCCUCGGGGAGAAGCGAGUGUGAAGCGAAGCUCUGCGCAAGCACCGUUAUGGAGGCCUCUAUAAAUUCCCGCUGUCGUAUCGCGGCUCCCGAAAUGAUCGGUCGUCCAAGCAAACCUUGGCAGCGCGAGGGUGCCAGCUCAGGUCCAUGGCAAAGGCCAGCAGUGGAAGGCUACUACUUGGUAGCCGUGGGGACAACGAUGAGGGCGACGGACAGUUGGCCGUACGAGAGCAGCGUCCGUGAGCCAACGCAUGCAGCCUGUCGGUAUGAACCAGCACCUGCAGUGCAUCGUCGGAGGCAUGCACAGGCUGCAUGCUCCGACAGACUUGCGUCAUGGUCGGUCGGUAUGUUGUGAGCAACCGCCAAUCAAAGGUCGGAAAACACGAACAGGAUCGUCGCGUGUGCUGCCACGUCAUAGGUGGCGGUUCUAUGCCCCGGUCGAGGACGACCUUGGGAUUUGUAUGUGGGCGUAUCAUUGGUGCGUAGACAAAACUCGAUAUCGACCAUGCCCCCGAAGAAGGCCGUUGAAGCUGAACCGUCCGCCGCCCGCUUCGGCCGCGCCGGCAACUCGCUCAAGAUGGGCCUCGUCGGCCUCCCCAACGUGGGCAAGUCGUCGCUCUUCAACCUCCUCACGGCGCAGGCGGUGGCCGCUGAGAACUUUCCCUUCUGCACCAUCGACCCGAACGAGGCGCGCUGCGCCGUGCCCGACGAGCGCUACGAGUGGCUCUGCAAGGUGUGGCAGCCGCCGAGCGAGUAUCCCGCGUACCUCCAGUGCACGGACAUUGCCGGCCUCAUCCGCGGCGCCAGCGAAGGCGCCGGCCUCGGCAACGCCUUCCUCUCGCACAUCCAGGCCGUCGAUGGCAUCUUCCACAUCGUCCGCGCCUUUGAGAGCGACGAAGUCGUCCACGUCGACGACUCGGUCGACCCGAUCCGCGAUCUCGAGACGAUCCAAGGCGAGCUCUGCAAGAAGGACUUGGCGUACGUGCUCGGCCAGCGCAAGGCGCGCGAGGCCGACGUGCGCAAGAACCCGACCAUGAAGCUGCCGCCGCUCUUCUUCUCGGUCAUGGACGAGGUCCAAGAGAUGCUCGAGAACAACGUUGGCAUCGCCUCCAAGGAGGGCUGGACGGCGCCGGAAGUCGAGAAGAUCAACGAACUCAUCCCGGCCUGCAUCACGACCAAGCCCAUCAUUUACUGCGUCAACUUGAGCAAGCGCGACUUCCUCCGCAAGCAGAACAAGUGGCUCGUGCCCAUCAAGCAGUGGAUCGACACGCAUGGCGGCGGCGUCAUGAUCCCGUUCUCGAUCGAGCACGAGCAGGAGCUCUGGGCCAACCGCGCCAACCCGAUCGCGGACGCCGCCCCGUCCGUGCUGCCGCGCAUCAUCAAGGUCGGCUACAAGCAGCUCAACCUCAUGUACUACUUCACGGCCGGCGAAAAGGAGGUGCGGUGCUGGACCGUGCGCAAGGGUGCCCUCGCGCCCCAGGCCGCCGGUGUGAUCCACUCGGACUUUGAGCGCGGCUUCAUCAAGGCCGAGGUCGUUGCGUUCAACGAUUUCAAGGAGCUCUCGGAAGGCGACAAGCGUGGCAUGACCAAGGUCAAGGCCGCCGGCAAGUACCGCCAGGAAGGCAAGACGUACGUGGUCCAGGACGGUGACAUUAUCCACUUCCAGUUCAACGUCACAAACAAGAAGAAGUAAAAAGCGUCGCUUUCUUUCAGUCUAUCAAUUCAGCGAUAUUCUAUUUCA